GGGUCGCAGAGGAGAUUCCCCCCGUCCCGAGAUGUGGCUUCUUCUCCCGCUCCUGGGGCUCUGCGCCCUGCUGGGCCCGUCGGAGGGGACCCCCCAAUAUUUCCCGCCCCGACCCCCCCACCUGCCCCCUCGCUCGUAUCACGGCUGCUUCGGGGACGUCAGGACCAUGCAGACCUCCGGGAUUGCCUGUGGGGAGGAACAUUUGAGCAACUGUGGGAUUCCCGGCUCGGAGAUGUUUGCGGAGCUGGAUUUGCCGCCCCUGAGGAAGUACCGGACGGUGAUCGAAGAAGUGGGGCGACGGCAGUGCAUCGACCCCGCUCUGCUCGCCGCCCUCAUUUCCCGGGAGACCCACGUCGGGACCGUUCUCAGGAACGGCUGGGAUCACCGGGAGCUCAGGUUCGGCCUCAUGCAGCUGGAUAAAAUCUAUCAGCCCGUGGGCGGUUGGGAAAGCGGAGACCAGGCCUCCGGGAUCCUCAGCGACAAAAUCAAGGAAAUUCAGAGAGGAUUUCCGCUCUGGAACGACGCUCAGCAUCUGAAAGGGGGACUCCUGGCUUACCGGUCGGGGAUCGACGCCGUCGGGAGCCCCAAGGACGUGGACGUCGACUAUCCCAACGACAUCCUGGCGCGCACCCAGUUUUACAAGAAGCACGGCUUCCGGGGGCCGGGGUGGGGGCAACUGUCUGGACGCCCCGGGGUAGGCCGCGAUCCGGCCCGGAUCUUCCCAAUAAAAACCCGGGAGAACCCCGGAAAACCCAACGCCGGUGGCCCCGCCGUCCGUCCACUCCGGUCUAGGCCGUCCGCCGGGACCCUGUUCCCCCGGCCGUCGGAGCAGCUCUGCUUUGGCCUCGGCGCGCCCGGCUCUGUGCUGGACGCUUUUCGAGCCCCCGGCCGAAGAAGAGGAGGAUCCCGGAGAGGCCGCGCGGCCCCGGGGGUCUGGGUUCGAAUCCCGCCUCUGCUGCGCGAGACCUUGGCCGGGUCAUUGGCGCCCCCGGGCCUCACCACCCUCGUCAGUUGGACGAGGGGUUAA